AUGAGGCACAGGAAUGUUCACACUGGAGCAAAACCUUAUGAGUGCAGUGAAUGCGGAAAAACCUUUGCUGAAAACUCCAGUCUCAUUAAACACAAGAGAGUUCACACUGGAGAAAGGCCUUAUGAGUGCAGUGAAUGUGGGAAAUCUUUUGCUUAUAAUUCUAGUCUCUUUAAUCACAGGAGACUACAUACUGGAGAAAAGCCUUAUGAGUGCAGUGAAUGUGGCAAAACCUUUGCUCUAAAGGCUGUUCUCAUGCGGCACAGCAAAGUUCACACUGGAGCAAAGCCAUAUGAAUGCAGUUUAUGUGGGAAGUUCUUUGCUUAUAUCUCUCGUCUCAUCAAACACAGGAGAGUUCACACUGGAGAAAGGCCUUAUGAGUGCAGUGAAUGUGGUAAAACGUUUGCCGCAAAGGCUGGUCUCAUGAGGCACAGGAAAAUUCACACUGGACCAAAGCCUUAUGAGUGCAGUGAAUGUGGAAAAACGUUUGCUGAAAACUCCAGUCUCAUUAAACACAGGAGAGUUCACACUGGAGAAAGGCUUUAUGAGUGCAUUGAAUGUGGAAAAACCUUUGCUGAAAAGGCCAGUCUCAUGAGGCACAGGAAAGUUCACACUGGAGCAAAGCCUUAUGAAUGCAGUGAAUGUGGGAAGUUCUUUGCUUAUAUCUCUCGUCUCAUUAAACACAGGAGAGUUCAUACUGGAGAAAGGCCUUAUGAGUGCAGUGAAUGUGGUAAAACCUUUGCUGCAAAGGCUGGUCUCAUGAGGCACAGGAAAAUUCACACUGGACGAAAGCCUUAUGAGUGCAGUGAAUGUGGAAAAACGUUUGCUGAAAACUCCAGUCUCUUUAAACACAGGAGAGUUCACACUGGAGAAAGGCCUCAUGAGUGCAGUGAAUGUGGAAAAACCUUUGGUCAAAACUCGAGUCUCAAUAGACACAGGAGAGUUCACACUGGCGAAAGACCUUAUGAGUGUAGUGAUUGUGGAAAAACCUUUGGAGAAAACUCUCAUCUAAGGACACACAGGAGAGUUCACACUGGAGAAAGGCCUUAUGAGUGCAGUGAAUGUGGCAAAACCUUUGCUCAAAAUAACAGUGUGACCUUUGAAGACGUGUCUGUGAAGUUUUCCUGGGAGGAAUGGAGUCUUCUUAAUGAGGCUCAGAGAUGCCUGUAUCGUGACGUGAUGCUGGAGAACUUGACACUUAUAACGUUCCUGGGAGACUACAUACUGGAGAAAGGCCUUAUGAGUGCAGUGAAUGUGGCAAAACCUUUGUUCAAAAGGCCCUUCUCGUGAGGCACAGGAAAGUUCACACUGGAGAAAAAUCUUAUGAAUGCAGUGAAUGUGGAAAAACCUUUGCUGAAAAUUUCAGUCUCAUUAAACACAGGAGACUUCACACUGGAGAAAAGCCUUAUGAUUGUAGUGAAUGUGGAAAAACCUUUGCUGAAAAGGCCGGUCUCAUGA